AAAGUAGCAAUGGCUGCAAUAGACAAAACAGGGGAAAAAAAUUAUCUUUCAAAAACAAUUAUAGGCAGAAAAAGAUACGAUUGUUUGGUAACUAUGGUUUAAAGAGAGAGAGAUAAAGGGGCCAGAAACUUGAUUUGGGGAGGAAGUGUUUGAGAGGUAUUUGUUUAAAUUUUGAAGCCAAAUUGGGCAAUUCGUGGAUAUAUUUGAGGAGAGAGAGAAAGAGAGUGAAAGAGAGAGAGAGAGUAUAAAGAGGGGUGACAGGGACCCCUGUGUACUUUUAAAUACCCCGUGUUACGGUGUAUAAAGAGUCUUUUUUACCUCUUGUUUGUACCAUUUUUGGUGCAUAAGCUUCGCUCUCUACCAGUUUUACUCCUCCUUUCUCUCUCUAAAUUAGAAAAGGCAUUGGGACGUGAGGUGAAAUUUUCUUGCAGUGGAGCAAGAAAUAGAGAGAUUGGGGAGGUUUAUUGCAGAGGAGAGAGAGAGAUUUGUGUGUGAAGAGAGUUGCUUCCUCUCUCUUUAUGUUAUUCUUGUUUAUGAAGGCAUCGGAAAAAGUCGUGCUAUGAACCCCCUUCAAAACCAUGGCUUUGGCAAAACCCCCCUCUCUCUCUCUCUCUCUCUCUUUUCUUUUUUGAAGUAUUAUUUUACCCAUUAAUGCUAUUUGGGUUUCAAUUUGAAGCCUUUUUUUUAUUUUUUCUUUCCCUGAUUUGGUAGAUUGCAAGUUUUAUUGGUAGAUGGGUUCGAUGAAGGAAGAUGAUUUUCAAUUUUCAAUGACAUUCAUGGGGCUGGCCUUGGAACAGGCAAAAUUUGCAUUAGAUAACUUAGAAGUCCCAGUCGGUUGUGUGAUCGUUGAGGAUGGGAAGGUUAUUGGUUUUGGGAGCAAUCGCACCAAUGAGACGAGAAACGCUACAAGACAUGCAGAAAUGGAAUCCAUUGAUAAGCUACUUGAGCAAUGGCAAGCUUCUGGUCUUUCACAGUCUGAAGUUGCAGAGAAGUUCUCAAAAUGCGAUCUUUAUGUUACUUGUGAACCGUGCAUAAUGUGUGCAACAGCUUUAUCCAUACUCGGCAUAAGAGCAGUUUAUUAUGGUUGUGCCAAUGAUAAGUUUGGAGGGUGUGGAUCAGUCUUGUCAUUACAUCAAAGUGAAAUCAAAGAUGUGUACAGGGGGUUCAAAUGCACUGGAGGAAUUAUGUCAUCAGAGUCUGUGACCCUCUUUCGAAACUUCUAUGAGCAGGGGAACCCAAAUGCUCCAAAGCCUCAUAGACCAGUAAAGACGACCCAAUGAGCACAUGAAGAAGGGAAUAUGUCCCAUAACUGAAACCUGGUUUUCAGUCCGAAGAAUUGAACUCAGGAUUUCGGCUCAAGCAGCUUGCAUUACAACAAUAUGAUAUCAAAAUAUUGGCUUAUUGAAAAUAUUAAAAAUGGUUAGUUUCAAUUAUUUUUAUAAGGAAUACUUCUUUUUUUGGAAAUAUAUUUCGAGCAGGUUUAGAAAUGAAAAAACCAGAGUCAUGCACUGCACUGUAACAUUCAACCUCCAGGGUUCAAAUAAGUGUAAGGUGUCAUUUGGUUAAUAGAUUGUAUCCUAUAAGAACUUUUA